AUGGAUCAAAGUUUGAUAGUAUGCCUUGGAGGAAAGAGGGAUGGCCUUACAGAAGGCUCGGAGAGGCUUCUUCAGCUAGCAUCUCAUGAAGCUCGUAGAGGCUUUGUCCAAGUUAGUAGGACUAUCGCUCUCGAGGCUGCCAUUACUCGGGCUUCGACAGUUGGAGGCGACCAGUUUGCCAUCACGAUUCAACUCUGGAAGGAUCGGGUAACAGGGAAUUGGUGGAUGGGCAUGGGCAAGAAUGUCGUGUCGGUCGGAUACUGGCCGGCCGAGAUUUUUACGACGCUAUCGGACCACGCCGAGACGACACAAUGGGGAGGGGAAGUCUUAUAUCGCAACACUUCCGGGUUGAGAAUUUGA